AUGAGACAAACCGCAGAUCCAGAUCGCUCCAAAAAUAAGCUCAUCUGCCCCGUUCUUGGAUGCCCUGGGGCACCAGAAGUAUUUUAUCCAUUCGGCUCAGCAGCUGGAGACACAAUAAAUGCAGCUGUUGAAGAUGGAAGCUCUUCUGUUAUUCAGCUGUUGAGUCCAUUUCUGUUCUUUGGCCGCACAUACCAGCAGAUUUAUGUUAAUAAUAAUGGACACCUCACAUUCAACCAGCCUUCAUCGCAGAAUGUUCCAGACAACUUUCCUUCUUAUGAAAGCCAAGAUAUAAUUGCUGGUCUUUGGACUAAUCUUGACAACCGCCUGAAAGGUGUUGUUUCAUAUCGUCAGUACACCAGUGGAAAUGUUCUCACACGCGCCUCUCAGGAUAUAAACACACAUUUCCCAAAUCUGAACUUCAACGCUUCUUGGGUGUUUGUUGCAACAUGGAAUAAAGCCGCUUACUUCAACUUAACUAACACAGAAACAUCGUUUCAAGUGGUUUUAAUUUCAGGCCGUAAUUUGUCAUUUAUUCUGAUGAAUUAUGGUGACAUUGCUGUAACUGAACAUCCAGUGCAGGCUGGUUAUGACACAGUAGACUCCACACACUACUUUGUGAUUCCCGGAUCAAUCAAUGGGAGCUUCAUCUCAAAACUCAGGAACUCCAGUAAUGUCGAUGUUCACGGUCGAUGGGUCUUCAGGGUGGACAGUGGACCACGAAACAGCAUCUUGAAAAACAAUGUCGUUGGAUUUCGAAUAAAGCAGGAGCUGGUCAAGUACGGUCUGCCAAACAGCAUCGAACUGAAGUUAAGAAAACUGCAAAAGACAAAGCCGUAA